CAACAAAAGUAUCAUUUUAUUUUUCUUCGUUACCUGGAUACCCAGGCACUUGCUUCACGUCUUUUCAACAUGGCACCACGACGAUACGAAGCAGAGCACAAGGACCCUGCCCCGUUGGGCAAGCCGCUCGACUUUGCCUUUGCCAAGAGAAGUGCGCAAAACCGAUUCCUCAAGGGUGCCAUGACGGAGCGUCUGUCGUCGUGGGAUGCGAAGAAGCUCGAGGCCCGCGGUAUCCCGUCCAAGAAUCUCGUCAAUGUGUACAAGCGAUGGGGCGAGGGCCAGUUUGGUGUUAUCCUCACGGGCAACGUCAUGUUUGAGUACGACCACCUGGAGGCAGCCGGCAACCCCAUUAUCCCGCGUGACGCAAAGUACGAGGGCGAGCGGUUCGAAAUGUUCAAGGAGCUCGCGACACAGGCCAAGAAGCACGGCUCGUUGAUUGUUGCCCAAGUGUCUCAUCCUGGCCGUCAGGUCCCGGAGAAGCUGCAGAAGAACCCCAUUUCGGCGUCUGAUGUCCAGCUCGAGGGCAACAUUAUGGGCAUGACGUUUGCGAAGCCGCGCGCUGCCACCGAAGAAGACAUCAAGAAGGUGAUUGAAGGCUUCGCACACGCAGCAGAGUUCCUGGAAAAGGCCGGCUACGACGGCAUACAGCUCCACGGCGCCCACGGCUACCUCCUCGCGCAAUUCCUGUCGCCCACCACCAACCAGCGUACCGACAAGUACGGCGGGUCUCUCGAGAACCGCGCGCGCCUCAUCACUGAGGUUGGACAGGAGAUCCGCAAGCGCACAUCGCCCAACUUUGUCCUCGGCAUCAAGCUCAACUCAGUCGAGUUCCAGGACAAGGGCUUCGACUCCGAGGAAGCCGGCACGCUGUGCAAGAUGCUGGAAGACAACACGUUUGACUUUGUCGAGCUCUCGGGCGGAACUUACCAGCAGACCGCCUUUGUGCACCAGCGCGAAUCCACCAAGAAGCGCGAAGCCUUCUUCAUUGAGUUUGCCGAGAAAAUCACGCCCUCGCUGUCCAAAACACGCACCUACGUCACGGGCGGCUUCAAGACAGUCCCCGCCAUGCUCGACGCCCUCAACACAGUCGACGGCGUUGGUAUCGCGCGGCCCGCAGCCCAGGAACCGGAGCUUCCGCGCCAAAUCAUCGCCGGCGAAGUCGACGCCGCUAUCAAGCAGCUCACGGGUGAAAACGACUUUGGCACCACCAACCUCGCGGCUGGAACGCAGAUUCGGCAGCUGGGUAAAGAUCAGCGGCCAAUUGACCUGAGUGACGAGGGCAACUUGCAGGCGUUUAUGCAGGACGUGCAGAAGUGGAUGCAGGCGCUUGGGAGUGAUGCAGAGGGAAAUAUGUAUGGCUUUGUGGAUAUCGAGAGUGUGCCUGGUGUGCCGUAUGGAAGUGCAGCGCCGGUUUCGUAGAUUUAUGCCGAGCGUAGCGAGCGUAGCAUAACGUAAAGCAAUAGAUAUAUGUAUACCCAACCAUCGCUGAGAAUUCCAAAGCCUCAACAUCUAUCCCUCCAAAACAUCCCCCCCCCCUUUCCACCACAACCCAUCCAUCCAUCCCAUCUCUCUACACCUACACACCCUUGACCCUCCCCCUCCCAAACGCCGGCAUCCCUCUAAACCCGGUCUCAGCAUCCCUCUCCCCACUCACAUUGCCCAACCGCCUGCCAUACUCCUCACUGUGAUUGUAAUCCGCAGCCACGCCCGCCACACGCCCAAACCCCACGCCGCCGCCGUAGAGCUCGCGAUCAGACCAGUUGCGGCCGGUAAAGGGGCGCGCGUGCCCGGAUUGCUUGAGCCAUUUUGCCAGGAGCAAGCCGAUGGUGGCCCAGGCGGAGGCGAGGACGAGGAUGAAGAUUGUGAAGAGCAUUUGUUCUUGUUCGUCUUC